UGACUCACCGCGGUUGCAAAACAACGUCCAUGGCUUUCUUCCGAUCCCGUCCACCACCACCUGGCUCUUCUUUCUCCUCGUGCUCGUCGCCAGCGACAGCGUGCGUCCCACUCCCACCCGACGCAUCUCUUCUUGCUCGGUCCUCUCAUCAGGAUCCUCCAUCGCGGGGAGCUCCGCAGGUCAGGCCUGAAUCCUGCAGCAACCGCCUUCAGCCGAUGCUUCUGGCGGACUCGGGGGUUCUUCCCAGCCAUGUCACGGAUCGGAGAUUUGAUGCCGAGGGAGCGGUCUGUCAAUUCAACAAGUCACUCAAGGAAGGCUGAUGGGGAUUCUGCGAAUGUGAGUGGUACACCACAUGACACUGCCAAACAUUGCCACGAUGAAGAGUUGGGAAACAUAGGCUUUCGAGGACAACUUUGCAAGAAUGAUGGCCACUCCUUCAAGGAGAGCUGCAGUAUCACAAAUUCUGAAGUCCUCACCAGAGUGAAAUGGUCAGAAGAGGAAAAUAAGGUGCUCGCUCAAAUGAUCAACAAACAUGGGCUGAAAAACUGGCAAACGGUCGCACAUGCUAUACCUGGUCGAAGUGCACCGCAAUGCCGACAAAGGUGGAGAUACAAAAUAGACUCUGCAAUAAACAAGGAGGCGUGGUCGGAACAAGAGGAGUUGAGACUGAUUCGUGCUCAUCAAAUCUAUGGAACUAAAUGGCGUGAAAUGGUCAAACAUUUUCCUGGGAGGACGAAUGGUGCAAUCAAAGAAUACUGGAGGGGUCCUAUGAAAAGAAAAUUGAAUUCAUAUUUAUCGUCAGGUUUGCUUGAACAAUUUCCAGACAUUCUGGAAAACCUGUCAGGCACACAGAAUAAGAGUUUGGAUAUUCUGAAGGGGACUAAAGUUUCUGAUAUUCUGAAUGACACGGAAGGUUCGUCUGAGAGAAAUGAAAUGUCGUCAGCUGUACCAAGAAUUUCCAUAUCUGAAGUAGGCUUCACAGAAGUAGGUGAAAAUGCUGAUGUACUAGGGGGAGAAAGUGCAGAUUUCAUGUAUGCUAGAGUGGCAUCAGCCAAAGCCCCUGAAAACAUAAUCGCAAGAUCUGAGCAGCAUGCGAAAACCAGAAGGAAGUUGGAUUUAUUGUCAAGCCCAGUGGAACUCAAGUCAUCCAGUUAUGAAGUAAAUUCUCAAAGGCCUCUACAGCAAAGGGAACAAAUGAGUCCAGCUGUUGGUGGUGUCUCUCCAUCAAAUGGAUGCCAUGAUGUUUUGCCAAAAAUCCUAUCAGAAUGUGCAAAGCCGGUUUUAUCACCAACUGGUAGCUACCAGCCGAGUGAUGUUCAUUCUGCGGGAACCUCAGAUCCAUGUUCAUUAGAGUUGGACAUAUCAGAUCUUAUGGAAAUGUCAUACUUUGAUAACUUGUUGAUCUUUCCUCCUGGUUCUCCACAUGAUGGUAACUCAAUAUAAAAUGAGGAAAGUGACAAUGACCAAAAUUUCAACCUCAGAUAUAUUCACUCUUUUGGCAGAAAAGGUGAUGAACUAAACUCACUGUUACUGCUAUCGUCUUGUAAACUGACAGUUCCUGUAUCAUUUAGACGAAAAUCUUUAGCUGAACAAAAAGUACAAUGAUGUUCAUGUCAUAGUCACUUGUUUGAAGCAGGUAACCAUGUUCUUUUGUUCUGCA